UAGGCACGCGACCGUCUACAUUCCCUACAAAACUGAACAACAAUCUAAGAACGUUUACAGUCGUUAGUCGAAACUUGUCAGAUUCUGAACUAAAUUUGAAUAUUGAGCCAAAUUCACGGCCAUAACCAGACCGACUUAAGCGGAUGAGAGCGUGCGUGACCAAUGAAUAUUACAAUUAAGUGUCAAUAAUUGUUAUAGCAUAUUACCAGUUAGAUAAUUACAGUAAAAGAGGACAAAUGACGUACUAGUAAUGUUCCUUCGGCAAAUUUUGGAACGCAAAGUGAACACCAACAGUGCAACCCCAACGACGAAUGUGAUGAUUGAAAACAGAAGUGCACUGCCUAACUACAGACAAGGUGAAAACUUAUAUGACAUGCGAUUAUCAUGCAGCUCCGAUGAUAAGGACAAUAACAAUAACCAUUCUAAUAUCAACACUGAAAUCGUGAAUAAGCCCCCACGUCGAGCCGUGUUAUCUACGGGCACAGUGCAACUCACACCAUUGUGGGAGCACAUUUUACGUACCCGUCGUCUUCCCGAAGCAAUAGGUCUAGCGAGCAUAUACAAUGAAUUUUAUGAGCGCUUGCGAGAUCCGGAAUGGCAAGUGCGUCAACAUGCCCUCCGAGUCCUUGUCGACGUGCUUGUCGUGAUGCGGGCCGAUGCAGACAGUCAUAUGGAACAGCUGACAACGCUUCUGGUAGAUAAUCUGGGGCAUCAGGCCCCCACUGUCCGAAAAGGAGCACUUGACUGUCUGCGUGUCUAUCUCGCCGAGACGUCCAUACCUGAAACAGUGAUGCUGCACAUAUUAGAAAGCGGCUUCGACCAACAAUCGCAAAACGAUUCCUACGGGCGCUUAAGCUGCGGUGUAUUAUUAUCCAUUCCAGCGUUACUUCAAUCGAUUUUGCGCAGACCUCAGCGACAAAUUAUAGUACAGCAUAUUAUGGACCGCCUAGUAUUGCGAAUGGGCCAAUUAAAACUGCAAGAAAUCACUAUAAAGGUAUUGAACAAAUUAAACGAGCUCUUGGGAGUAACUGAAUUUGAGGAACACAUGACUAAGGUGGGUAAAGGCAAUGCCAUCACACAAUACUUGCAGCUUUGCAAAUUAUACGGAGUCGGUGCAAAAGCUGGCGCAUGGCGAGCACUUCCGCGUGAGACCUACUGGCCAAUUGGCCAGGAAGUGACGAAUCAACUGAUGCCGGUCAUGCUCCCGGACAGGGGCAAAGUCAUUAUGGAAACCGAAAUCAAAAUAAAUGACGACACGUUGACCAUGCGUAUACUCGAGGCCGACACCGAAACCGAGAGGCUCGAUAGUCCGAUGCUUACUUUACCUAGCUGCCACAAAAGCGGAAACUCUCAGAGUGAGCUAAGCUCGAGCAUAUUGCAGAUAAUAAGUGACUCAGAUGUUGAGGAGCUGGCUAAUUAUCCAUCAAACCCGCUUACCGCGCCUAACACACCAACGCGUGCAUUGAAGCGAGUAACUUUUGGAGGGGAGGUGGUUAAAAUGCGAACACCUGACAGCGAUGUACCUUCCUUGACCGGCAACUCGAAUAGCAACAAUACAGUUGCACAGGCUCACCCCAGUUCUGAAAAGAUCAAUUUUACUACUCACUAUACGCAACCCAUGCCCACUCCAAUAAAUUCUCCUGAAAAGGCGGCCCAAGUUCUAAAUAUUCCACUCCACCUUGACAUACCUAGCGAUAAUACGAAACCUUUAAUAUGUUCUGGUAAUAAACUUUCGACUCCAGAGCACAAUGGAAGUGAAGGCAAUGAAAAACAACAGUUAAUGUCAAACAAUAACUUAAUAAAAAGACAGGACUCCAACUUGAGCCAAUCCCUCUUCACGUCCGCCCAUCGCAGCCCAACAGGCCCAGUUAAUAUCAGUCCUAAGGUGCCGCACAAGCAAAUUGAGGUUUUGCAUAAUCUCCAGCGAGACCCUUCGCCACGGCUCCUGCAACGUAACGCAAGUGAAGAUAGUGGUUUGGUUAACACCGAGAACAAACUGCUCUCCAGUGCAUCUAUAGAGUCAUUUGUUUCACCAAAAACUUGGGAAGAUCUUGAUAUUGUUGGCUAUAAAACUAUAAUGAAUCUCCGUUCUGGGGACUGGCGCAACCGCUUGAAGGCAAUUACUGAGCUGGAACUGUCGCUCCAGUCUUCGAGUACAUUGGCAUUGGUACUGCCCUACUUAGAAAGCGUACUUCGGACCCUGCUUUCCUCAGAGCGCCACCAUGAAGUAGCCAAUGAAAAAAGAGGAGUACUCUCAAAUCUUAUUUCGCGGCUACCACUCGAUAACUUGGAGGAUCGUACACUCCAAAUAAUAACUGGACUAUGUAGACAGGACAAUGCUGGAGCGAAUCGGGUGUGCAAGGCAUUAAUGCAGCGCCUGCCGGCGGGAACUAUUGUAACCAAACUAACAUCUCCCGAGUUAUUGCAUGGCAAAAGCUCCAAGUUCCGCAAAAAUGCCUUACAAAUGUCCAUUUUCGCUUUGAGGACUUCUCCCAGGACAUGCUUCGAUAUUAAAAAUCUUACUGCACAAGCAGUACACUCAUUACUUAAUCGCAAGCGACGCGUACGGCAAGCAGCCCUUGAGGUGCUUACUGUGCUUGCAGGUAUAUCCUCAGGUGAUCAAAUACUAGCGAUUGUCGCUGAUGUACUAGACGAUAACGAAGUCAGUUCCUCAUUACUGGCGGCCAUAAAAUCGAGAUUGUCGCGUCGUCAGACUACCAGCGUUACUGGAGAUGAUUCAGUGUUAUAUUCCGUCGAUCACAGCAAUAAUGAACGUUAUGGAGCCGAUGUAGAUUGGAUUAUGCAAGGCGAGAGUUCUGCCUCCCCCAAUGCCAUUCGAAAACGUCCAAGGCGUUACGCCGACAAACCGUGUGCACUCAAUGGAAAUUCAUUGAAAAACACGCCAGAAAACAGCCGUCCCUUGGAUGAAAUUCUACAAAGCCAUUCCUUUCAUUCGCCACCUGAAACUUUGGCCAAUAAUAUGGACUCUUUACAUUUCCCAAGCUAUCAAUUCAAAAAGUCCAACGAUGGUCGCAUGCUAGCCAAGGCUUGCACAGAUACCGAUAGCACAGCAACAACCUGUAGCAGUGGAAGUGACAGUUUUACGCAAUUAACCUCCAGAAAUUUGUGCCCCAACAGACAAAGUUCCCGAUUUCCAGCUUUGAAGCACCAACAGUUGGAUGUAAUUAAUUCCCUCGGCAAUGCACAGCGUGUGCCUCAACAAUUUGGAUUUGAAGAUCGAGCGAACAUUGAUGUGGAUUGCUACCCAAAGUUUGGUUCUAACAAAACUAAAACCCACCCAAAUGCCCUUAGAAAGCUUAAGCACAACUGUCAAGCGAACCAUAUGAACUAUGAUUCAGGAAAUAACAAACUGAAGCCAUUUAGGAUAUUUGAGGAGCACAAAAGCGGUAUGGAAUUAAGGUCGGAAGGCAUUUUCCAAAACGAACCGAUAAUAGCUGUAGAAGAAAUCGCUCACACAGAAGCAAAUGAACCACUACAAACGAAUGACCACGACGACGGCUCGCCUCUCUCAUUUAAGUCUUUUAGUUAUUCACAGAAGUCUACUGCCUCGGCAAAAUCAAACACAAGCAAUGAGAUAAGUAAACCACCCGCAAGCUGUCCAUCCCUUACUGAUAACGGACCGACCGACGAAAGCACUACUAUAGCCGAAUCGAUUAAUGAGCUCAUAAUAAAAGAUUUUGUUGCCAAGGAUCCUACCAUGGGAGAGUCAAAUCUGACGCGAAAUGAAAGCAUCACAAGCUUACAUAGCAAGUCGGAAAGCAUUAAGACCCAACUGGAGGACGGAACACCUCAGCUUUCACGCGCUCAGUCCAUGAAAUCGCUUGCUAUUGAAGAGGAAAUCGAGGAUAGCAAUAGCUUUGUAGUAGUUGAGAGGCUUCAGCAUGAGGUGGAGUCAGCGGCUAUAGAUUUGUCGCCCGGUAAAAUGUUGCAGGAUUCAAAGGGUCACAAUGUGGAGCCACUGACCGUUGCAAACGAAAACCAAGGGAGUGCGAACUGUUCGAAUGAUAAUUUGUUUCGAAACUCGCGAAGCGUCUCGCUGGACUCUUUUUAUGGCACCCGAAAGCAAGAAUCGCUGGACACCAGCACAACAGACAACAGCUCACAGUCUGGCUCGCAAUUAGGGAACAGCAGUUUGUCGGCAAAGCACUCGUCACUCCAACAAAAAUCAAAGACCUUAUAUUUGUUACGUCACAAGCGCCGUGUUUCGCCAGUUAAGCAAGCAAUCAAGAUUUCCCAGGCAGAUCUGUUUCCGCAGAAUAUGACGCGAUUUGAAAAGCCACGCGAAGCUCUACUGAAGACUUUCGAUCAGCUAGACUCUCGCAACUGGGAAGUUAAUAUGGCCGGCUUAAAGUCCAUUGUGUGCCUGAUGCGUUACCAUGGAGAAUAUCUGGAACAGCACAUGCACAUGACAUCUAUUCAACUGACACGUUCUGUGCGUAAUUUGCGCUCACAGGUUGCACGUGCCGCUUGUCAAGCUGCAGCUGAGCUGUUUGCCAUCAAGUCCAAAUCCUUGGAGGUUGAGUGCGAUGAUCUGGUCUGUGCUCUGCUGCAUCGCACUGCCGACACGAAUCGCUUUCUUCGCGCCGAUGCCACUCGAGCACUAGAAUCAAUGGUGGACAAUGUACAACCUCCCAAAGUGAUAAACAUAUUGACUAUGAAGGGCGCUCAACACCAGAAUGCAUUGGUACGUACAGCUUCUGCAAAACUUUUAUUCAGGUUGGUGGAGCGCCUGGGCAGUGAUCGUGUCUAUGCCAUGAAUCGUGAGAGCCGAGACAAAUUUUUCAUCGUGGGAGCAAACCUACUGCUCGAGGGCAGUUUAGAGACGCGUAGCUAUGCCAAGUCGCUAUUUCAAGCCUUAUCCCAGCACGAUAGUUACCAACGUUUACUUCUGGAAACAAUUCCGCCGCGCACUUACAGAAAUGUGGAGAAGACACUAAGAAAUAUUUCGCGUUAAGAUUGCCUCUGUUUAGAAGAUACUACGAAGCAUUAGUCAUACGUUUUAAUUUUAUCUUCCAAAUGUUUUCAUUAUUGAUCGAAAGAAUGUGUUUUAUUUAAUAUAUUAAUUCAAUAACAUCAUUUUGAAGGGUAAAGGUGGGUCCAACCCCUCCAAUGCCCACUGGUUAAUGUUGCUCUACAA